AUAGAUGCCUGUGGGACGACUUGGAUUUCUUGGCAGCAAUGACGACGUCGUUGAUUGUUUUUCAUGUGUUUGUGGUCUUUGUCUUUGACGGGACCUCCUUGGUUACAUAUCUGAAACUGAUGGAAUUCCAUCUGAAAAUCCACUCCACUUUACUGAGCAUUGUUGUCCUCCCACAAAGAUUUCCUCACUUCUUCCUUCUUUCCUCAAUUAUUGAUUGCGUUCAUCUUGCACUACUACACUCGGAUAUCCAGUCCUGGUCUUUCUUUGUAUCUACCUGCCGGUUAGUCAGUCAGUCAGUCAGUCAGUCAUCAGUCAGACUCAUAAACCAGAAAACGCAAAACAACAACGAAGACAUCAACAACACCCCCACCAGAUCAACAACGACAAAACUACACCGCGAACAUUGAUACCCAACAACAACACCCGACCAAAUCGCAACCAUGCCACCCCCCGAACCCCACAAGACUACACCCUCCGCGUAACAGCCGGUCCAACCUACGACCUCGCCACCCAUGUCGAAAUUCCCAUCAACUCCCCUCACCUAACCCACAUAUCUUCUCCUUCUUCAACCACGGAAGCAGGGAUGGACAUCGACCUCACC